GAAUCUGUUGGAAUAUGAAGAGUCAUGUGGAAAGUAAAAUGUUGUCUGAUGUGUUAUGUUUUGAUUAAGCAUGAAUAUUUUUAAAGUUAGUUCCACAGAAUGAUGGUUGAUUGCUUGUUUGUUUUGUAAUUGAAUCUAACUGGAGUAUCUAAUGUUUUCCUUAGAUUUUGUUUAUUACCUUGCGUAGAUUCUCAAAUACAGGGUUACCCACAAAAGAUGAGACUACAUAGACGACCUGAAACUCAGAAUAAUAUGAUUAUGAAGAUACUAAGGUUAAAUUAAGUUUGCUGCUGUAAUGGGUUAUUUAAUGAUUUGGCAAAAAAAAAAACAAGUUUACAUUAGCAGGGAGUCGUGAAUAUAAGGAAACAGUCUGAAGUUUUAUCUUUUAUGAGUAACCCUUUAACCUAAUUAUUAUAUGCUCCCUUUAAUUUAAAAUAAUUUACAAAAUCACACUUUUAUAAAUUUAGCUUAAUACCUGAUUGUUAUUUAUUUUCUGUAAUCUGUGUUUUCAAAGGAUAUUUUUAUAUCUAAAUAUGAAAUUGGUCAAUUACAAUGUCAUUUAUAAAUUUGUUCAAAACUAUUGAUUUUAAUUUUCAGAAGACUUCAUUGUCACUUUGGUAGGGGAAAAUGCGGGAAAUAGGGGUUGUUGUAUGGGGGGGUCUAUAAUCGAGGUUCCCGACCGAAAAUUGAUGACUACUGACAUCCCACAUGGACCUGAAAAAGUUUUUGAAAAAUUUCCGGAAAAUACAGGAAAAAAUUAGCUGACAUAUUUUAGAUUUUGAUUCUUAAACUGUAAUAUGUAUGCAACAAAUCUGAGAAAAAUUUCAAGGAACGAAGUAAGAAGGCUUCAAGGGCGUUUUUAAGGGAAAAAUGCAGGAAAGGUGGUGAAAUUGUAUUAGGACAGGGUGAAAGGUAUUCUGAAAGUCUAAAAUUGAGUUUCCCAACAGAUGACUAUUGACACCCAAUGCGGGACUAAUACAGGUUUUGAAAAAAUGAGAGGAAAUUGUUGUUUUCUCCUGUUUUUGUUUUUAUUACGAAAUAGUUCUCAUUCAGGGCUGCAUGAAAAAAUCUGAGAGAAUCCAUUAUUUAAAUAAAAUCUUUAAAAAUCUUUUAAUUUCUAAAUUUUUCUAUUUUACUCUGAAUGUAUUUUUCAGACAGAAUGGCCGAGAUUAUUAAAGAAGAAUUAAAUAUGGAAGACUUUGAGAUAAAAGAAGAAACAAUUUCCUUCAAGGAAGAAAUCCUUCCCUCCUCUACUGAAGAUAAUACAUGUACUGUUAAUCUACAUAAAGAUGAUAUAAAGAUGGAAAAUACAGAAAUACAAGAUAAAAUGGCGGAGAAUAUGAAUAAAGAAUCUGAGAUAACCUCUACUGUAGAGGAUACAUGGUUUGUUAAUAUACCUGAAGUAAAAAUAAAGCUGGAAAAUGCAGAAAUACAAGGAGAAAACAUGGUUAUUAAUGGUCUUGAUCCUCUACAAUCUGAACCAAAGCCAAAGAGAAUCAAGAAGUGUCAAGACGGAUAUCAAUGUUCUCAAUGUGAUUAUGUUGCAACAAGAGCAAAUAACUUAGAACGUCAUAUUAAAUAUAAACAUGAGGGUGUGAGAUAUCCUUGUCCUCAAUGUGAGUUUGCUGCAACUACAGCAAGUAGCUUAAAGAAUCAUAUUGAAUAUAAACAUGAAGGGGUGAUAUAUCCUUGUCCUCAUUGUGAGUUUGCUGCAGCUACAGCAAGUAGCUUAAAGAAGCAUAUUGAAUGUAAACAUGAAGGGGUGAGGUAUCCUUGUCCCCAUUGUGAGUUUGCUGCAACUACAGCAAGUAGCUUAAAGAAUCAUAUUGAAUGUAAACAUGAAGGGGUGAGAUAUUCUUGUUCUCAAUGUGAGUUUGCUGCAACAAGAGCAAGUGAUCUAAAGAGACACGUUGAAAGGAAACACGAAGGAGUGAGAUAUCCCUGUUAUCAAUGUGAACAUGUUGCAACAAGAGCAAGUGAUUUAAAGAGACAUGUUGAAAGUAUACACGAAGGAGUAAGAUAUCCUUGUCCUCAAUGUGAGCAUGUUGCAACAACAGCAAGCCAUUUAAAGAUUCAUGUUGAAAGUAUACACGAAGGAGUGAGAUAUCCUUGCUCUCAAUGUGAGCAUGUUGUAACAAGAGCAAGUGAUUUAAAGAGACAUGUUGAAAGUAAACACGAAGGAGUGAGAUAUCCUUGUUCUCAAUGCGAGUAUGUUGCAACAACAGCAAGUCAUUUAAAGAGUCAUGUUAAAAAUAAACACGAAGGAGUAAGUUAUCCUUGUCCUCAAUGUGAGUUUGCUGCAACUACAUUGAGUAAUUUAAAGAAUCAUAUUAAAAGUAUACACGAAGGAGUGAGAUAUCCUUGUUCUCAAUGCGAGUAUGUUGCAAGAAGAGCAAGUGAUUUAAAGAGACAUGUUGAAAGUACACACGAUGGAGUGAGAUAUCCUUGUUCUCAAUGCGAGUAUGUUGCAACAACAGUAAGUCAUAUAAGGAGUCAUGUUAAAAAUAAACACGAAGGAGUAAGUUAUCCUUGUCCUCAAUGUGAGUUUGCUGCAACUACAGCAAGUAACUUAAAGAAUCAUAUUAAAAGUAUACACGAAGGAGUUAGAUAUCCUUGUUCUCAAUGCGAGUAUGUUGCAAGAAGAGCAAGUGAUUUAAAGAGACAUGUUGAAAGUACACACGAAGGAGUGAGAUAUCCUUGUUCUCAAUGUGAGUAUGCUGCAACUACAGCAAGUAAUUUAAAGAGUCAUGUUGAUAGUAUACACGAAGAAGUAAGAUAUCCUUGUCCUCAAUGUGAGUUUGCUGCAACUACAGCGAGUAACCUGAAUAGACAUAUUGAAUAUAAACAUUGAUUUCAAAAUUUUUCUAUUUUACGCUGAAUUUUUUUUCAGA